AUGUGAUCUGUUACUUACUGUUGUCAUGUCAGAUUCCUUUUGCACUGUAAACCAGUUUUUGUCACCUAGCAUCCAGACCAAAGACAGGACUGAUGAAAAAUUCCUUUUUUUUUUAUGUAUACAAGAUUGAAUCCCCAUAUGUACAGAAACAUAUACAUACAUACAUUAAAAAGACGUGUAUGUAAAAUCUUCACAAAAGCAGGGAGCUUUUUCCAUGAUUUUGUAUUGUUAAUCAGAAUCUUAAUAUCUUCAUUCAAGAUGUUGCUCCAUUGGAAAUUAAGCAAAUUGAACCUUCUGUAUUGGGAAUAUCAAAAGAUAUUAAAUGGCGAAACCAGUUACCUUCAUCAUAUUUUAAUAGCUUCAAGGGAGACGUGAAGAAUACUUCAGGUCCAUGCUGAGUGCCUUUCCAAACUGUGCUGAUGGAAUGUUGCGGUAUUAUGAGUGAAUCUGUGCUAUAGCCCAGCUCCACAAUGCCACACCAGUUUGGGUUACCAGCCAUGGCGCAUAGCAUGCAGUCACCACCAUCCCCGCCAAAUUUGUUUGAGAGGUUCAGCUCUAUGUUGUACAGGCCAGAGGAUCAACGGCUCACCCGUGAAGCCAUGGAACGAUAUCUACGUGAAAGAAGUGACAUGGUUAUUGUAAUUUUGCAUGCCAAAGUAGCUCAGAAAUCAUAUGGUAAUGAGAAGAGAUUUUUCUGUCCUCCUCCAUGCAUUUAUCUGUUCGGAGAGGGAUGGCGACUGCGUCAGGAACAGAUGUUACGAGAGGGGGAAACUGAACAAGCAGCACAGCUUUGUGCGUUCAUUGGAAUUGGAAACUCGGAUCAAGACAUGCAGCAGCUAGAUCUGAACAAUGGCAAGCAGUAUUGUGCUGCAAAAACUUUGUAUAUUUCUGACUCAGAUAAGCGUAAACACUUUAUGUUGUCUGUCAAGAUGUUUUAUGGGAAUGGGCAUGACAUUGGGGUGUUUCAUAGCAAGCGGAUCAAGGUUAUCUCCAAACCUUCAAAGAAAAAACAGUCUCUUAAAAAUGCUGAUUUAUGCAUUGCUAGUGGCACUAAAGUUGCACUUUUCAACAGGCUAAGGUCUCAGACAGUGAGUACUCGUUAUCUUCAUGUUGAGAAUGGUAACUUCCAUGCUAGUUCUACACAGUGGGGAGCAUUUACAAUCCAUUUACUGGAUGACAAUGAAUCAGAGUCGGAGGAAUUUGCAGUGAGAGAUGGUUAUGUUCAUUAUGGCAGUACUGUGAAGUUGGUGUGCAGUGUUACUGGCAUGGCACUUCCAAGACUCAUUAUUCGGAAAGUUGAUAAACAGAUGGCUCUUCUGGAGGCAGAUGAUCCUGUUUCACAGCUCCACAAAUGUGCUUUUUAUAUGAAAGACACAGAGAGAAUGUAUCUGUGUCUUUCUCAGGAACGCAUUAUCCAGUUCCAGGCCACGCCCUGUCCCAAAGAGCCAAAUAAGGAAAUGAUAAAUGAUGGAGCUUGUUGGACCAUCAUCAGUACAGACAAAGCUGAGUAUCAAUUUUUUGAAGGGAUGGGUCCUGUUCGGUCCCCAGUAACACCUGUUCCAGUUGUACACAGCUUGCAUCUUAAUGGUGGUGGCGAUGUAGCUAUGCUGGAACUCACAGGGGAGAACUUCACACCAAACUUGCAGGUGUGGUUUGGGGACGUGGAAGCUGAAACAAUGUACCGCUGUCAAGAGAGCAUGUUAUGUGUUGUCCCUGAAAUUUCUUCUUUUCGUGGUGAGUGGCUGUGGGUGCGGCAACCCACUCAGGUGCCAGUGUCCUUAGUGAGAAAUGAUGGAAUCAUCUAUGCUACUGGCCUAACCUUCACAUAUACACCAGAACCUGGACCACGUCCACACUGUCCUCCAGCAGAUGAUAUUAUGCGAAGUGGUGGGCAGGUUGCACGGAUGCCAGCCAUGUCUGAUGUGCCCUGGAGUCAACACCAGCCUCCUCAGGGAGGAAUAUGAAGUGUCUCGUCACUUCCAUUAUCAUCACAUUAAGAAACAGAAGCUAAAUUUAUAGUGCAGAAUUUAUUCAGUUAUUAUAUUCAGAGUUAAAAAUACACUGAAACUACAACCACAUUGUGUGAAGGUUUUAUCUUAAGACAUGUCAUUUAAAGUAAAUCAUGAAAGGAACCUGCUUAUGCUGAUGGUUCUUUGAAAAUAAAAUAACAAUUUUAAAACUGUCACUUUCUGUGACUUAGACAUGCUCAUUAAUUACAAACGAAUACUGAGUACAUAGUACAUUUAACAGUGAAUGUUUCCAGCUGUUUGUGCUCUUUCUUUAAUAAAUAUAAUAUAUAACCAAUACAUAUUUAUCAUACAUUGGGAACUACAAUAUACUCCUUGUUUAUGACUAUAUAAUAGACAUAUGAAAAAUAGUUGCCUAGUAGAACAGAAUUUCCUGAGGAGCUCAAUAAUAUAACUUACUAAUUUUUAUGGCAGCCAUUCACUCAUAUAUGAAUCUCCACUGAUCACUUUAUCAUGGACAUUAUUAAUUUUAUAUAUGCUGUCUACUUUGAAAUAAUUUGUCAUCCUAGCUGUUAUUUGAUAAUUGCUGGUCUGUAUGUGAUUAAAAUAGUAUUUAUGUGAAACAUCUUGAGGCCAAGUUAGUAGGGCCUGUGCAAUAUUGCUGGAUUAAUUUGGCAGCAAACUGCGACGGACCAGUCCCAUUCAUACAUAUGCACUGAAGCCUUCAGCAUGUUUAAGAUAUACCCCAUGAUGACAAACUGAAAGGAGUGUGAUAUUAAAUUUUUAUCUCCAUAUUUGUUCAAGUAAGAAAUUUCAGUCUUUACCAUUACAGUUUCAAGAAAUAUGUCCUAUACUAUAGUAUUAAUGUGAAGUCCUAUUAUACAAGUCCGUAAAUGUUUGUAGCACAGAGCUCUCAAAACAGACACUUUGUGGUCUAGGACUUAGCAUUUUAAAUAAAACUAAGUCAUAAAUAUGUAAUAAUAGAAUGUAACCUGAAAUGUAAACCUUGCAUUUGAGGUUUUCAUGGUGGUGAUAAUUCAUGUCAUCUUCUGGGUUUUGAUGCCAUCUAAACUUGUAGUGGGUACCAUCAUUUUGAAGGGAUCUGCUGUCUACAUCUUCAGGGCUUUGCCUCCUGAAGGUGUAGGUAGAGGAUUCCUGCAAUAUUCUGGUAAUCAUCUACAGGACUGUAAGGUGUCACCCAGAAGAACACAAUAUAAAAAAUGUGAACAUGUCCCUUCACAUUAUAAAUAAGAAUAAUAAGAAAUAUCCAGUGUCUCUUAUAAUUAAUAAUCCUUUAUGAGGGAUAUAUAAAGCACAGUAUUAAGUGUAACAACAAAAUCUUCCCUUUGGAAUAUAACAUACAGCUUGUGUUAUCAGUUUCAUUUAUAUGUUUGUGUCUGCAAUUUUUCUAACUUUUGAUAAAAUGAAACCUUGAAAAAUAUAGUUUGAAAUAGUAAUCUGAAAAGCACAUUUUAAACUUGUUACUAUAUUGUCAUGUGACUCGUUCCUAAAUUGCAGUAGCCUUUUACAUACUUGAUAUGAGAUAUAUGCAUAAGGGCACCGGCCCUUUUGGUUUGAAUUUAUCUGGUGUUUGAGAGCCCUGUGAAAGAAGUCUUGUCAUCUGUCAACAGUUAAUACUGUCUGUUGCUUUUCUACAAAAUGAAAUGUACUAAAGAUGAAUAUAUGUAAAUAGAAGUCAACAUGGAGAGGGUUAAAUGCCAUAACUUCAUAUUUGCAGUAAUAAAUAAUGUAUGUUACUUUAAAGAGUAUUUUUGCUAACAUGUGGUUUAGUAUGGGUGUGAAACAGUGUAUCUAACAUUAAAGGAAGAACAUAGACUGAAGAUAUUUGAGAAUAGGAUGCUGAGAAUAUCUGGGUCAUGGAGGGAUGAAAUGAUAUGAUGCAUAAUGAGGUUUGUAACGUCUACUCUUUAUCAAAUAUAAUUAGAACAUGUCACGCAGUAUGAGAUGGGCAGGGUAUGUAGCAUGCUUGGGGAGAAUCUGAAUGCGUAUAGGUUUUUGGUGCGAAAGCCAGAAGGAAAGAGGCCACUAGGAAGACCUAGACAUAGGUUGGAGGAUAAUAUUAAAAUUAAUCU